AACUUCUUAUAUUUCAAUUCUAUUUUCAGAUUUAUAGCGAUAGUGUUACUGUUGAUGGUUAUUAAGUUUGGAACUUUACUGAACACCUGAUCGCAUUUAAAUAAAUUAUUUAUGAAAGCUUCCAAAGACAACAGGCUACACAACGAUUUCUAAAGCGGCAUUUCGUGCCAAACGCAAAGAACAGACACUAUGUCAAUGUUAAAAAUAGUUUUCCUUUUCGUAUUUCUGAGUACAGUGGGAGCAGGGGAUGUUGGAAAGGAUGUUGAUUUCGUCAUCCCGGUAAGGAUGGAAGAGGAUUUGAGCAGAGUUGCAGGGUCAAAACAUUUUAAAAGCCGUCACACCGUGACGCAUGAAACAACAUCAAAACACACCGUUCACGAGGACGAGUUCACGAGACCUGUUUACAAGAUCCCAGCCUUCGGUAAAGAUCUACUUGUAAGACUGGAGAAAGAUAACUCGUUGGUCGCCCCUUCUUUUACAACGAGUUACAGCUACAGCAACGAAACUGUCAACGAUAUGAAUACAUUCAAGCAGCCUCUUCUACGACAUUGCUUUUAUAAAGGAACCGUCCUGGGCGAGCCAGAGUCUCAAGUAGCUUUAAGCAUCUGCGACUCCCUUACCGGGUCCAUCUACACAGACAGCGCUCACUACAUGAUCAAACCAACCAAGAACGCCCACCUGCCGAACAAGGCUUACCAUUCGGUGCACAAAAGGAGUGUAGGACGUUGGAGGCCGGAGAUUGAAGAGACACCUCACUGCGGAGUCCGCGAUACAAAACACGAGUCAACUUACGAGAAGACAUUUCUUAACUCCCCACUGGAAGAGCUUGAAAAUAUGGUAUCCAAAAUUACGAACCGUGUUCGUCGCUCAAUUUCGACUUCGGAAAACUUCAAAGAACCUGUGGUGGCUGAAGGCGUUCGGGCGAAAUCGCGGUCGAAGCGCGCGUUCGAUUCACAACAACAUUACAUCGAAACGUUGGUGGUUGCUGAUGCGAGCAUGGUGGAAGAACAUGGGGACGACUUGGAACAUUAUAUUCUUACUCUAAUGAUGGUUGCCAACCGUGUGUUCUCACACCCCAGUCUUGGAAGCGCUAUUUCGAUCAGCGUGGUUAAGAUAAUGGUUCUCCAUGAGGAUUCAGACGGCCCUAGAAUCACACAACAUGCCCAACACACACUGCGGGAGUUUUGCUCCUGGCAAAAACGACACAACACACCAGAUGAUUCAGAUCCCCAGCAUUAUGAUUUAGCAAUACUACUCACCAGGACAAACCUGUGCGGGGACACGUGCGCAACUCUGGGUUUAGCCGAAGUCGGAACAAUGUGUUCGAGACGACAUAGCUGCGCUGUUAUAGAAGACGACGGUCUUUCAGCUUCUUACACUAUUGCACAUGAGGUCGGACACGUGCUUAAUAUGAUGCAUGACGACAACCGACUUUGCCGAGCCAACUUUGCCAACAUUGAUUCAACGUCCCACGUUAUGAGUCCAACCAUGGACCGCGUCGACAGCGAGCAACCGUGGAGUUUAUGUUCGAAGCAAGCGCUCACCGACUUUCUGGAAGACGGCGGUGGUGCAUGUCUAUUGGAUCGACCCCAGGAACCACGGGUUUAUCCAAGCCAAUACCCAGGGGCCAUGUAUGACGUGAACGCGCAGUGCAAAAUGGCUUUUGGAGAGGGUGCGGUCGAGUGCCCUUACAUGCGAGAGUGCGGGCGUCUCUGGUGUCAGUUUCCCACUGGAUCGCGAGCCAACCGAUGUCAUACCAGGAGUUUCCCUAGAGCUGAUGGCUCUGACUGUGCGGCUGGUAUGCAUUGCAUGCAAGGACGAUGCGUGGCCAAAGUCGCCGCCGUGCGCCCGGUAGACGGACAUUGGGGCAGAUGGGGACACUUCGGUGCCUGCUCGAGGUCAUGUGGCGGCGGAGUGCAAAUGUCAAGCCGUCAAUGCAACAAUCCGGAGCCACGACACGGAGGCAAAUAUUGCAUCGGUUCGAGGUUAAAGUUCAGCAGCUGCAAUACAAACCCAUGCCAGCCAGUCGCUGGAAGGCCCGUGCGUGACUACAGAAGUGAGCAAUGCGCUACAUACGAUGGCCAAAGGUUCCCACUGCUUGGUGUUCAAACCGCUUCGACUUGGAUGCCGAAAUAUACCGACAUUCACACGCGAGAUCGUUGCAAACUUACCUGUCAAUCAGUGCAAACGGGAGCUUACAUAACUCUUGCCGACAGAGUGGUCGACGGCACGAGAUGUGGACCCGAUACAACCAAUGUUUGCGUUCAUGGGCAAUGCAUGCCAGCAGGAUGUGACGGAAUUCUUGGAUCCAAAGCAAAUUUUAGCAAAUGCGGCGUGUGUGGCGGCAAGAAUUCCGAUUGCAAACGUAUUCGAGGCAAAUACAACAAGCGAGUCGCCGGCUAUAACAACGUAAUAACCCUUCCCGUCGGCGCGGCCUCGAUCAAAAUUGAGCAACGCGGCUUCCACAAUAAAGUUUACGACGGAAACUAUCUUGCUUUGAAGAAACCGAACGGCCAAUACAUUCUCAACGGGGCGCUCAUACUCUCAACGAUAAAGAGGGACAUAGAAGUGAACGGCACCGUACUUCAAUACAGCGGUGUUGAUGUUCCGAAUGAACGGAUACAUGCUACCAUGCCACUAAAAGAGCCAAUUACGGUUCAACUACUGAGCGUUGGCGUAGCUGGAUCAAAACUUUUGCCUCCUAGAGUUAAAUACAGUUAUUAUGUGAGCGCUCCUAAGCGUCGUGCUUCGCGGAAAAGCAAAGCCAAAGUGCCUUCCUCAAGAUCCGCAGUGUCGGACGGGUCUUUGGUUAACCGAGGCAUUGGUCGCCGGAUAAAGUCGCCUUCCGCAACACCUGGUUCGAAUCAUGGCCCACCACGUUGGGUGACAGGGAGAUGGAGGAAAUGUAAGGCUUACGGAAAGCGAAAGUGUGGCUCUGGGUGGCAGAAAAGAAGUGUCACGUGCAAGCAAGGGAAACGACGUGCAAGAGGGUGUACCGGUAGUAAACCCUUCGACCGCCUUCCCUGCUUUAUCAAUGCUUGUCCCACCGUCUCCACUAAUGGCCGAAGAAAUCACUCUGGCCGCUCAAGACCCAGUCCAACCGAGCGACCAAUUUGGAACUCAGGAUCAUGGGGUCCGUGUUCAAGGUCUUGCGGCCUUGGUACAAAAAUGAGGUUGGUCCGUUGCCAAACCAGAAGCGGCCACGUACUCUCUGAAUCCCGCUGCGAAGCUGGAACGCGGCCGUCCGAGGCUCACGGCUGUAGGCUUAGGAACUGUACGUGAGAAAGAUAUUACGACUGUUGUCCCAAAGGGGCAAUUUCCCCGCCAAAGGUGCGAAGCCGGUCACGCAUAAGGAGACAUGGAUAAGGCACUUAGGAGUAAUGGAUUCAACCAAAUGUCACUGUGAUGUUUCUUUUUGUACUUUUUUGAUCUUUUGCGUAGAUUUUCCUUCGCUUUGUAAACACAUACACAAACCCUCUUGUUGUUUUUUUUUAAGUUCGUUGUCCCUAAAUCAAAGCCAACUUGCGUGCCCAUUUUCCGUACUAUGUUGAUAUCCCGAGGUGUCCGUUUCUUCAAUAAUUUCAACUUGAUGAAACCAAUCAAGUUAAUUUUAAGCCAAAAUAUCUUAUUUGUAAAUAUUUAGUUUCCAAUUCGUCUUUCUCGGUCGAAUUUUGUGGGCGCCAUCUUUUCUUCUUUUUGAUUUUUAAAUUAUUUAUGAAAAUAUAUUUUCUUUAGAAAUAUAAACUUAAAAUACCAAAUCGUCGUUCACUGUCAUUGAAGAUAUUCCAGGAAUUUUAGU